CCAAUUUCCCUUCACACUGUAGCGGCUGAGGAGAAAGUCUGUCUCUCGUGACCUCUGUAAGUCGUGGUUCGUUAAGCUGAGUGAUUACAAUUUUAAAGGAUUUGCAAAUAUUCAUUCGAGAAGCGAAUUGGCUAAGAGAUGGGUUCUACUCGAAAAAAAUCUUUGUUUUGUCUGAAAUGGCCGUUGCAAGUUAACCAAGACAAUAAAAAUAAUAGUGUUUGCAAUUUUGAGGGUCCUUGGUUAUUCAAAUCAUUGCAAAAUCUUGGAUCCAUUGCUUUCAAUUCAUUCUUUAAGUCAAAUUCAUGGGCCAAUUCCUUUGUUUCCACCCAAUUGUCUAGCAGAGCCAACCAAAAUAGCAAUUUGAUUUUCAAAAAAAAGACUUUGAAUCCGGAAGAGCAAGGAGAGGCAGAGCAAAGAGCAUUUGCUUCAGCACUGGCUAAUGCAAAAGAGGCUACAGUUGUCGAGUUCUAUUCACCUAAAUGCAGUCUCUGCAAUUCCUUACUUGGUUUCGUCACAGAGGUGGAGGGUAGGAAUUCAAACUGGCUCAACAUUAUUAUGGCAGAUGCUGAGAAUGAAAAAUGGCUGCCUGAGCUUCUCCAUUAUGACAUUAAUUAUGUUCCUUGCUUUGUAUUGUUGGACAAAAAUGGGAAGGCACUGGCGAAGACGGGUAUUCCUAGCAGUCGGCUACAUGUAGUGGCAGGUCUCUCUCAUCUUCUCAAGAUUAAGCGCCCCUCGAAACAUGGUAGCUAGAUUAAAUACAGUCUGAUCAGCAACAACUGUCAUCCUUCUCAGUUCAUGAAAGACGUUUUUGGUGGGUGCCGGGCACAUGCCUUCUAGGAAAAUGGAUUUUGAGGAGAUGAAGUAAAUUCAUACGUCCAUUAGAGUCUUUGGGUACAAAUUUUUUUAGGAAAAAGGAUUAUACUUCGCAUCUUUCAAGCAUUUCCAACAUCUGUAUUAUUCAAGUGGGUUAUCAAUCUGAAACCUGUCUCAUAUGUUGCUCCAAUGAGCCUGAAUUGGUAAGAGUGAUAUUUAUUGCAACAGAGUUGAGUAAUUGGAUAUUUGGAUUCCUCUCUUUGCUGAUUUGCGAACGGUAUGUGGAAUUCACUUAAUCACGGUUGUUUAAAACUGCAGAAGGCAUAAUUCUAGUGAUUGAUAAACAGAUCGUGACCUGCCUGUUUACAGACUGGCGUUUACAGUUGUGCUAUCCAGGCAUCCUUUUUGAGACUGCGUAUGGUAGAAGUGUGAUUUCUGUUUAAAAUUUUAUUUGCGCGGAGACCUGGGAUUU